UCACUUCCUUUGCGCCGUAAACAUGGCGGCCAUCGGUGGGUUGUUUUCGGCCGAGCCGCUGCCUUCGAAUGUCAACGUCAAGACGGAGACCGAAGCCGAGUUCGUGGCGGCGGUGCCACGGGCCCCCGUCGUGCCGCUGCUGGCCCCCGUCAGCGGACUGCAGCCGCUCACCUGGUCGCAGGACCACCAGCUGGCUGUUUGCACCAGCAACGGCGUCUCCGUCAUGGAGCUGCUGUGCGACGUUCAGAGCAGCAAACAGGAGCUGACGCUGCACAGGAGCAGCAUCCCUCUGCCCACGCAGGGCUACAAACUCGCGGUGGAGCCAGAGGAGGAGCUGAUUGCAGCAAAGAAGAAGUUCUCCUUGCAUCCGGACCCGACAAUAAGACAAGUUUUCCUGGCAGACCGAGUGAUGAACCCAACCGUUGGUGGACACAGCGGAGUAAAGUAUGCCAGCUGGUCUCCAUUGGGCUGUGACUCUACCGGGCGCUGUCUCCUCGCUUGUUUAACACUGGACCAAAGACUUACCGUUCAUCACAGCCCCAAGCGUCUGGAGUGGGUCACGCUAGUUGAUCUCACCAAGAAGUACAGCGAGAGGCUAAAGGCACGUGGCUACACUAAAAAGGACAACAAGCCUCUACAGGCAAACCUUCUUGACUUUGAUGAACUGCAGCGACGUUUCCGAAUGCAGACCUCUCUGAGAAUGGAGUGGUCAAGUUUGUACACCAUCAAGCAGCGUCUGCCUGACGGCACAUGCGUAGAUGUAGAGAUGGUCUUGCUUGCUGUCUUGAUGGAAAAUGGUGACCUUGUUUUGUGGAAAUUUGUUCUACCCUUUGUAAAUGGGGAGGACGUUGUAUUAUAUGACCUCAUUGAAUCGGGUGUGACUAGUCCCAGCGACUUGGCAUGGUGGGAGUACGAGAGCGCGGAUCGUCGAAUGAGCGGCCUAAUUGUUGGCAGUGAGUCUGGACCUGUUAAAAUCCUGCCGGUCACUCUGUUUGGAGUCAAAGGCUACUUCACCCUUCGACAUCCUGUGAUCCUCUGGAAGGAAUGUGAUGAGAUUGCUGUCGAAAACCUCAAAUGUGUCCCGAUGAUCCACCCCGUUCAUAAAUCUAGCUGCAGCCUCAUCGUCGCCUCCCGCGGAUGCUAUAUCUUUUGGUGCUUGCUUAUGAUUUCGCCAGCUGGGUUAAAUGUACACAACUCUCACGUGGCGGGUCUGCAUUCACUUCCUGUGGUCUCGCUAGCAGUCAGUCACCGCAGCGUUACAGUGUACACGUGUUCAUUAGAUGGGCGCAUAAAAAAACUGACUCCAACGUUCACAGACAGCACUAUGAUUUUUAAAACAGAGGAUGUGUUGCAGCCUGAGGUCUUAACAGGACGGCGGGUACAUGGGAUCGCGGUGAGUCAUAAUGGGGCAUAUAUUGUGCUUGCAAGCACACAAGGAAUUGUCAGUGGGCAUCAUCCAGUUUAUAGAACCUACCAGGUUCAGUUUAUGGCCCUGAAAGAACCAGAAAUGGCAGCAGCACUGCUGCUCAAGUCUCCGUCACAGAACCUGUACAAGAUGGCUGAUUUACUUGAUCUCGUCAGGUGGCAGAUUUUGAAGAACCGGUCCAUCCCUGACUCCCUUCAGGCUGACCUUGAUCAAAAAAUUCGGGAAGCAGAUUCACCCUAUUUCUGGCGUUUCAAGCUCUUUUUGGCCCGUGUGCUGUACAGGUCACUUCAGACAGUUAAAGAAGUUCACUACUGGAAACCUACACAUGAUGCCACCAAGGUGGUCCUCAAUGAUGAGGCAGUGGAGUGCAGAGGAGAUGAAGAAGUUGCUACUGAGGGAGGAAUUGGAGGUGGUGAUGUUGCAGCAGUGAAAGAGGAGAAUGUGAAGGCACGGUUGGUGGAGGUGCAGACUUGGAUUAACAUGGUGGAGACACACCUAAUGAGAGAGCACAUGAAGAAAGUUCUAGGGAUGGUGUACCUGAACACCUACGUUACUCAGAAUACCAGCAUACCCACCUGCGGCCUAGUUGACUACCUUGCCAGAAAUACAGAAGACAGAGAUUCAGAGGUCCUAAUUGGCCACAUCAAGAAGAAGAUGAACAAGCAGACGUUCCCGGAACAUUGCAGUCUGUGUCAGGACGUGCUGCCCUUCAGGGACCACAAGCAAACAGUCUGUGAAAACGGUCACAUGUGGCUCAGGUGUGUGUUGUCAUACCAGGCCUGCCAGACGGUGACGUUCAGACGUUGCCUGCUGCUGGAUAGCAUCGCCAAACUGCCAGAGCCUGAGGAUCCAGACUGGAUAAAGAAGCUCCUGCAGGCUUCCUGCACACUCUGCGACUCACCCAUGAUCUAGAUCCUACGGAUCGGCGGAACCUCAGAGUUUUGCGGUGACUUAGGAGCCCUUCGCUCAGACGCAGGGAUCACAUUCAUCGACCGUCAUUGCUACAAUAAUGUAUUUGAUCUAUUUUGUUAAUGUUACUUUUAAUUUUAUAUUGGUAGAAAAAAAGUGCCAAUAAACUGCUUUGAUUAUA